AUGCCUGUCAUGCCUAUCAACCGACACUCAGUCAAAGUUCCAAACGAGAUCUUUUUAGCCGAUCCCGAGUUUCAUAAAUCUUCCAAUGUAGACAUCUUAAUAGGGGCUGAAUAUUUCUUUGAUUUGCUUCUCAUGGGAAAAAGCAGGGCACCCAAUCAAACCGCAGUAUUACAGGAAACUGUGUUUGGAUGGAUUUUUUCGGGUCGGCACAAUAGUCCUCAAUUUUCAAAACAGCAGGCUCAAGCAAAAAAUAAAGUGGCAUGCAAUCUUAUGAAAUUUCACGACUUGCCCAUUUUAUGGGAGUUAAGGGAAGAAAGUUCCACAAAACUGCGGUCAGACGAAGAACAGGCAGCUGAAUCUCAUUUUUUACAGUCGACAAAGCGAUUAGGUUCCGGGCGAGAUGAAAAUUCUGAUCUCCAAACUCAAUACAUCGAUUGUGUUGAAGGCUAUUUGGGUGAAGGACAUAUGUCGCUUUUCAGCAACCAAGAGGCUUCUAGGCCCGGGUAUUAUCAUCCUCAUCACGCGGUAAUUAAGGAAGAUAGCCUGACGACAAAAACGCGAGUCGUUUUUGACGGUUCCGCGAAGACAUCGACCGGGGUGUCGCUUAAUGACAUGUUCAUGAUCGGUCCAACUAUUCAAGAUGAUUUAUUUUCAAUCGUCACUCGGUUUCGUUCUCAUCCUGUUGUAAUUACAGCGGACAUUCAACAAAUGUACCGACAAAUUCGCGUUACUGACAAUGAUCGGUUCUAUCAAAAGGUCUUAUGGCGAAAAAAUCAGGAUGAACCGAUUAAAACUUAUUCCUUGAAUACUGUUACAUUCGCAGACGAUGAAAAAGAUGCCUUUCCAGAGGCCACGAAAAUUCUCAAACGCGACUUUUACGUUGACGAUCUUCAAACUGGCGCGAAAACAAUCAACGAAGCUCGUCAACUUCGAGAUGAAUUAAUUAGGCUCUUGCAAAAAGGUGGAUUCAAUCUACGCAAAUGGGCUUCGAAUAAGCCAGAAUUAUCGCAAGACCUUUCAAGUGAAACUUCAAAUAAAUAUAUGUCGCUUGAACCUUCAGAUACGAUCAAGGCAUUAGGAAUUCAUUGGGGUCCUAAAUCCGAUUCAAUGUUAUAUUCGGUUAAUUUGUCUGACUCAAAUGAUCGCGCUACCAAGCGGUCUAUUCUCUCGCAGUGUUCGAAACUCUUUGACCCUCUAGGGUUGAUAGACCCCGUCAUUGUUGUAGGCAAAAUUAUAAUUCAACAGCUGUGGAAACAUCAGGUAGGAUGGGACGAUCAAGUUCCACCUGAGGUUCAUGAAAUGUGGUUAGAGUAUAAGAAGCAAUUACCUUUACUUAAUACUGUGAGAUACCAACGAUGUAUAGUUCUCAAUUCUUCGAUUGACAGCCAAUUGCAUGGUUUUUGCGACGCGAGCGAGAAGGCGUACGGUGCUUGUUUGUAUCUUCGUUCGACAGAUAAUCGCGGAAAUCACCAUUGUGAGCUCAUACGCUCUAAAUCACGCGUCGCUUCGCUCAAAACAAUGACCUUGCCAAAACUCGAGUUAUGCGCCGCCGCGCUACUCGUUCAGUUAUUUAAUUCUACGAUUCGCUCUCUUCAGAUAGACUUUUCGAAGAAGGUUUUUUGUUCAGAUUCAACCGUUGCGUUAAAUUGGAUAAAUUCUCCACCUCACAUGCUAUUAACUUUCGUAACUAAUCGAGUUUCCGAAAUUCAAGCAACGACUAAGCCUACAGACUGGCGACACGUUCCCACUCUCGAUAAUCCCGCGGAUUGUAUAUCGCGUGGUCAAGGUCCUCACGAUUUUUUAAAUAACACUCUUUGGACACACGGUCCGCAGUGGUUGAGUUGUCACGAAAACAAUUGGCCUCAAUUUGAUUUCAAGCUUUCAGAGGUCCCAGAAAAACGUUCACCAAAAACCGUGGUGUCGUUUACGAUUACUCAAGCAGGUAUUAAUAUUCUCAUAAAAUACAGCAACUUUAAAAAACUACAACGUGUCAUCGCGUAUUGCGUGAGAUUCAUCAGAAAUUUAAAGAUUAGAGUCAAGACUCCUAGACAAAUGGGUCCACUUUUACCAAACGAGCUCAAUUCAGCAUCACGCAUAAUAUUAAAAUGGACACAAUAUGAGGUUUUUUCUUCAGAAAUCCGGGCUUUAUCUAAAGGUAAACAAGUGGAUCAGAAAAGCAGUCUCUUCCGGUUGAAUCCAUUUUUAGACGAUGGUUUAAUUAGGGUCGGCGGAAGAUUAGAUCGGGCCCCGAUCCCUGAGUCCCAAAAACAUCCGAUUAUUCUCCCUAAAAAUCAUCACGUCACGAAAUUAAUAAUCCGGGUGGAACUUCUUAAAAAAUUACAUGCUGGAACGAAUGCAACAUUGUACGGAGUUCGAGAGACGUAUCAUUAA